AGGUCUAGUGUUUGCGUUUGCUUGUGCGCUCUCUCCUCCUCUUCUUCUGGCUCCUCUCUCUCUCUCCCUCUCUCCCUGGGUUGGGGUGAACAGCAGGUGGCGCAGGCAGUGAGUGCAGCCUCAGCUGGACAUGGGGAUUAGAAAUCGGUGACAAUCCACUGACUUCUGCACGGGAGUUUCACGCUGGAUGGACAACAAGCCCACCACGGAAAACUCAGGUGUCACAGCAAUAGCGUCACAGGCUGAGGUUGGGUGAAUAAACAUGCACAUGGACUGGAUGAGAAAAGCCAGCACUGGAAUCAGAACGUGUGAAAAACAAACUGCUCAAAAAAAGAGAAAGAAGCAAAGUCCCUAAGUACAUGUUGGUCCUUAGGUUGGACCACAUGGAUCAUGUAAGCCCUUAGGUUGAACCACAUGGAUCAUGUAAGCCCUUAGGUUGAACCACAUGGAUCAUGUAAGCCCUUAGGUUGGACCACAUGGAUCAUGUAAGCCCUUAGGUUGAACCACAUGGAUCAUGUAAGCCCUUAGGUUGAACCACAUGGAUCAUGUAAGCCCUUAGGUUGAACCACAUGGAUCAUGUAAGCCCUUAGGUUGAACCACAUGGAUCAUGUAAGCCCUUAGGUUGAACCACAUGGAUCAUGUAAGCCCUUAGGUUGAACCACAUUGAUCAUGUAAGCCCUUAGGUUGAACCACAUGGAUCAUGUAAGCCCUUAGGUUGAACCACAUGGAUCAUGUAAGCCCUUAGGUUGAACCACAUGGAUCAUGUAAGCCCUAGCAGCCUCUGCCGAUAAGGGGUGAUAUCAAAACAUGGAGGUGCUGCUCUGUGUCUGUACCCUCUGUCAUCUAUUGCUAGGAAAACCUUGAUUGCUAGGCUAUUGCUAGGCAAACAUGGGGUCAGACAACCCUUAAACUAUUUAUAUAUUUAUAAGAACUGACUUCUGUCAGCAUGCAAAUGGAGCAUAGAUGAGAGAACCUUUUGAGACAGAGAAUCGGGCACUGACAAGAUUGAAAUAUGUAGGCUAUAUGACCUAUGAUUCAAGACCUUCAAAGCAAAGACACAGGCAGUAUGGAAGUGCAGACCACCUCUCUGGUUCAGGUAUAUGUCAACGGUACGGAGCAACUAAACACCUCAUACGACUACAACGUCACGGACACGUCUGAGAACCCAGAGACCUAUCAGUUCUAUACCAUCGGCCUCUUCCUCUCCUGCCUCUACACCAUCCUCCUCUUUCCCAUCGGCUUCAUUGGGAAUAUACUCAUCCUGGUGGUCAACCUCAACCACAGGGAGAAGAUGACCAUCCCGGACCUCUACUUUGUCAACCUGGCGGUCGCAGACCUCAUCCUAGUGGCAGACUCCCUCAUCGAGGUCUUCAACCUCAAUGAAAAGUACUAUGAGUACGCUGUUCUGUGUACCUUCAUGUCCUUAUUCCUGCAGGUCAACAUGUACAGCAGCAUCUUUUUCCUGACAUGGAUGAGCUUUGACCGCUACGUGGCUCUGGCCAGCUCCAUGAGCAGUAGUCCUCUGAGGACCAUGCAGCACGCCAAGCUCAGCUGCAGCCUUAUCUGGAUGGCCUCCAUCUUGGCUACGCUGCUCCCCUUCACCAUCGUCCAGACCCAGCACCGCGGCGAGGUGCACUUCUGCUUCGCCAACGUCUUUGAGAUCCAGUGGUUAGAGGUGACCAUCGGCUUCCUGGUGCCCUUCUCCGUCAUUGGCCUGUGCUACUCGCUGAUCGUGCGUAUCUUGAUGCGGGCGCAGAAGCACCGGGGCCUGUGGCCUCGCAGACAGAAGGCCCUGAGGAUGAUCGGGGUGGUGGUGCUGGUGUUCUUCAUCUGCUGGCUGCCUGAGAACAUCUUUAUCAGCAUCCAGCUGCUGCAUGGCACGGACGACCCGGCCCAGCGCAGCACCUUCAGCGGCCACCUGUGGCACGACUACCCGCUGACGGGCCACAUCGUCAACCUGGCCGCCUUCUCCAACAGCUGCCUCAACCCCAUUAUCUACAGCUUCCUGGGGGAGACCUUCAGGGACAAGCUAAGACUCUUCAUCAAGCAGAAGGCCAGCUGGUCCGUGCUCUACCGCUUCUGCCACCACACCCUAGAUUUACACAUACCUGUGAGGAGUGAGGUGUCGGAGGUGUGAUGCUGCAGGAUCAGCAACAUCUUUGUAUGAAAGGUUUGGAUGUAACAGAACUCCAGGGGGGAGGAAGAGCUAUGUGCUGCUGUGUCUACCCAGCAGGAUCCUGGGAAUUGUCUUCAUGACACACUCAAGGCUUCCAGAAUUCAGCUUCUUAUAAGUGGUAGAGAUACCAUGGAGGAAAACUGAAACUGACCAUAAGGCAGCCAUUUCUUCUCCUGUAAGUGUGGUUGGAGAACACACUGUGUAUCUACAUGUCAUUAGAUAUAAAUAAUGAGAUCAGGGUAUUAAAUAGACAUUUGGAAAAUGGAGAAGGCAAAUUGAUGAAAAUACCAGGUUUGGUGUUCUUUCAAUGUCUUCUCUUCGCUUAUCAAAAGACAAAGUCAUUAUUCUAAUGUAACAAAGCUAUACCUGUCAUGAAACCACAACAAUCUACUCAGAGAAAUGGCGGUGAGGGAACAAAUUAAAACAGACACAUCAAAGGGACCAGUGACUUGCUUCUCCUUGACCCCAG